AUGGGUUCAAACCCAAUCUAUGAUAGUGUCCAAGAUCGUUAUGGUGAGUUAGCCGAUCGCUCUUCCACCAGCGAGCAGAAGAAAACCGAGGAAAAGAUUGCCCAAGCAUUCGGCUAUGAGGCUACAGACCUCAGCUCGAUUCCCCAGGCUGCAAACCUUGGAGUGAGCUGUGGGAAUCCCUUGGCCCUGGCCAACUUGCGAGAGGGCGAGACAGUGAUUGAUCUGGGGAGUGGUGGUGGCAUCGACGUUCUGCUCGCAGCCAAGAAAGUCGGCUCCAAAGGGAAAGCCAUUGGUGUGGACAUGACGAAGAACAUGCUCGAGCUCGCUCGCAGAAAUGUGGAGAAAGCGGGUGCUUCCAACGCGUCCUUCAUCGAAGCCUCGAUAACGUCUAUCCCUCUGCCGAACGCCAUCGCCGACUGUAUCAUCAGCAACUGUGUCGUAAACCUCGUUCCUACAGUUGACAAGCAUCUUGUGUUCGAAGAGAUGUUCCGCUUGCUGGAACGCGGAGGUCGUCUUGCUAUCAGUGAUAUUCUCACUCGAAAGGAACUCCCCAAAGAAGUGGUCAACAGCCUGUCUUUCUACGUUGGAUGCAUUGCAGGGGCUAGCCAGGUUCACGAGUAUAAGAAGUACCUCACCGAGGCAGGGUUCAAAGAUAUUGUAAUUGUCGACACCCACAAUGACAUCAACGUAUACAAAGAUUUGGUUCAGGGUCAGAUGGAUCUUGGAGAGACGAGCGACCAGUCGGCAUCAGCUGUUUGUUGUGGAGGAGCACAAGGAAAGAAUCCUUGUGAAAGUGACUUGCUGGAGUGUGACUUCAAUGAAUGGGCUGGCUCGUUUCAGAUUUAUGCGGUCAAGCGAUAG